GUGGAAUUCGGCGCCACUCCGCGAAACGACGCCGCCGCAUGACACCGGCCACGCACCACGGGUCUGUCUAUGGCGCGUUCGCCGAGCUCGUGACCAAAGAUGACUGCGCAAAAGUGCCCACCGCCAAGUACCACCUCGUGCUUCUCGCAUCGGCCAGCCUGGCCCUCUACGCCCGGCAGCCCAAAGCGUGUGCCUGCACAGAGACAACGUCGUGCGUACCGUGCCCGCACGUGGCAUCGAUCCAUGACUUUUCUCUCUUGGGUACGAUUCCGCUCCAUACGCUUUGUACCAUCUAUCUACCCUACUCCACGCGCGGGUCGGCUGUUGCGACGCGCCGCAGCGACCUCCUGCUGCGCACGACCGACCAGACUAGUCUCUGGCUCGCGUUUCCCUAUAACGCCGCACGCGGUGCCUUCUUGGACGCGCUGGUCACCGCCAUGACGCCGUUGACCGUGCCGGUUGAGAGCCUCGACCUCGAUGACGUCGAGAACGCGGCACUUAUCCCGCACGCCCGCCACGGCAUACGCUACACCAACCCCUCGCCGACCAAGAUGGCCGCAUAUGUCCCCCGACGCCACGACGAAGCAACAAGCGACGACGAAAUGUCCGAGCCCGAGGUCGACCUAGAUUUGUGUCAUCGGCACACGCCAGCGUAUGAGGCCCAGAUCAUGACGCUCUACAUGCAGCUGGAUGCGAGAAGCAGUACCGCAUCGUCCUCCUCGACCGCCUCGGUGCUGCACGCUGCGCUCCGGGUUGCGCUGGCGCAGCAUCUCAAGUACGCCUUGGAGCUGGAAGCGUCCCAGGCACCGAGUGCGGUUGCUCCGCAACCAAUGGCAGCGGCGCUUCUCUACAUGGUGCUCGAGUUUGCACUGGGUCUCGAGCUUGUCGACGUGCACAUCGCGGCAACGCUAGCGAUCGCAGUCGUUGACACGAAGCUGAGCCGGUUCACCCAAGCCCACGCGCACGUCGAGACAGGGCUUCGGCUUGGCAUUGAGAUUGAGCACCGGACGCUGCUGUUUGUGGCCUACCUCUGUCUCUGCGAUCUUCACGUCGCGCAGCGCCACGUCGAGCGCGCGACUCAGUUCCUCCACCACGCCAAGGACUUUGCGCUACCAGCGUGGAAGCUGAGCUUUCACGCCAACCUCCAAACGCUCCAGGCCAUCCCGCCGGUGCCCUUUUCCGAAAAGCUCGAGGCGUGGUGGGGCCUCUCGGACGACCGCCCCAAGCGCCCCGAGGUCCGAACGCGGUUUGGCGCCGCCGUCCUCGAGUCGCUGAGUGUCGACCAGCUACUGCUGGCGCUGCCGCCCCGCAGCGUCCUCAUCAAAGUCGACAAGCUCGUGCAGUAUCGUAUCGGGUGCGACGACCACUGGACAGUACGGGAGCUCCUUCGGACGACGAUCCAGCGCCAUGAACGCGGCCAGUCGUCGUCCAAGUGCAUCGUUGGCUUCCGGGAUCCAUCCGUUGGUCGCAGCAACGACCGCGUGCUGCCGUUGCACUUGCCCUUGCGCCGCUGUGACCUCCACCUUGGCCUUCACGCCGUCAUCGAGCCGCGCUCAACGCUGCACGCACCGAGCGUCGCCACGCCCUCGGGGUACAUCUCUUGCUCGCUCUGCCAGCAGUCGAUUCCAUUCGACCUUGUCGAAGAACACUCGCACAGUUGCUAUUAGCAAGAGCCGCCGCCAUCCGAGUCGAUGUGAGCAUGAUGUCACACGCGUUGUCUUGUGUUUCUUGCGUCUUAAAGUGUCAGUGUCACGGGCAGCACCGAGAGGUCCUUGAGGUUCAA